AUGAAAAGGGCCACACAGGCAGAGAGCAGUGGGCAGAGCAACUGUCCACAACUGUCCACAAGCAGGGAUUCAAGCACAACAUCAGGCGUGAGUGCGGUGGGUGAUGAAGCCCAGGCUGACCCUCUGUCUGCUGCUGCCUCUGACCCGUACCUGUCUCUGUUUUACAGGCAGCUCCACACUGCGGUGUCACGCAUGGCCACAGUCCGGGCCCGCAGACACUGA